AUGUCAGUGGUGGGAACAGAGCCAGUUCCUCCGCCCAACAGAAAAUGGUUUACUAUAGACGUGCUUCAGGUAAUAGCGGCAGAGAACAUUGCAUCGGAAAGUUGGGAAUUCGACGAAUGCGCCAGCGCUGGCGCACACGUGACGGAGCAUGGAUUAGAACUCAGGUGCGAUGACCCCACAGCUGCUAACCAAGAUACAGACGACAGCCGCCUCAAUACACAAGAGGCCAUGCAAAAAGCCAUGCAGACAGGACUGGAGGGACUGGCGAAGCAAGCCGAAAGUAUUGAACAAGGAAAACCACCCUCGAUGCUGGCACACCCGAAAAUACAGCAAUCUCAUCUCAGUUCAACAAAAAGCACCAAUACUAACAAAAAGAAGAUAUUUGUGCAAAUAAUCAAAGACAACCCGAACCCCAUAUCGAAACCUAAACAAGCUCGAAACUACCCUAUCAAGACAAAAUGUGCGGAUAAUCAUACGGUACGUUUUGUCUUCUGUUUCUUGCAUGGAGCUCCAGAGGAGAUGAAGAAAAGAUUAUCACCGCUGGAAAUUAGUCGUAACAUUAAGGGUAUCUUUAACGAGCGCAUGGAUCCAGACAAAUGCAGGGUGCUCGAAACGAAGUGGACUACCGUGGUUGUCCAAAUUCCAAAACACAACGCUGCCACUCCCGCACAGCGUGCGUCCAACCACUGGGUUUAUCUUAUUACUUGUAUCUCUUCAAGUGUGAGUUGA